GAAGGGCUCCGGGGUUAUGACUAUCAAGAAAUCCCAUGCUAGCUCUCCUCCUUCGCUGACUCUAAGCAAAUUAUGUGAAAAACAAAUUCGGGCAAGUGUCAAGGUGAUCACCGAUUCUGGAUAGGGGGCUCUCAUUAAUGUUAAACAGUUGUCGGCUUUUAGUGUACGAAUACAAGGAGUCUGUCUCACGUGUCCGAGCUUACUAUUCAAUGAGAGCCCCUCCACAUUCUAGUUCACAAGGCACUCUACCUCAACCCCUCCACCGUGGCCUAUGGUAAGGAAAGUUGUAGUUACAAUGCGCUCCUCCAAACCUGAGGGUCGCACUGCCGAACACGUCAGGGGGCUCACAGUCGUUGACGAAGAUAUUCGCCAAUCCAGCACUUUUCCAUAGCUAAAGGUGGUACUUAGCGUGGAGCAUAACAGGACCCGGGGAAGGCACUGGAAGAUCACCCUUCGAAGAUCAACCACCUUUGUCUGAGGAUUGGUGAGUCUAAACACCAUUGAAGAUUGCGGAGGUGUCGGGGGCCCUGACUUUUAUUUCUUUCCCUUUAAUCCACUACCAUCACUUUCAGCUUCCUUUUCUAGAUACCGGUACUUGGUGAUUUAAUUCGGGCGCUGCUUUACACCGGAGCCUCGGCCGUCAGCAAGUCCAAAGCAAAGUCACAAAAGCCUUGCAGACACUGAAAACAAAGCACCAUGUUCCGACUUGCCACGACGCAUAAAACAACGCGAGCCUGAGGGAACCUCUCAUAAUACGCAUGCGUAUCGCCCCCCGCGCGCAAAGAAUAAUUCAUGAACCUCUCUCUCUGUGCGGACUGCUUAUCGUGAUAAUCCACAGUCUCGUCAAGGCGUGCCACUCGCCGGCCACUUUUUCAGGACAUGGCUCAAUUUUAAAUUCAUUUUGCGCUAUGCUGCUCGGGCAGUAUCAGGUUCAAGUGCUGGUAUCCAGAAGUCAAGUACGACGGUCAGCUGACUUCGGGACUUGGUAGUGGGGCUCUCCGAUUAUUUAUAAAAUCUCUAAUUACAUCUCCUACUAGUGUUACUUUAUGAUACUGUAGUAGCGUCGCCCGAGGUUUCCACAUCAUGAAUGAUAAGGGCUAAAGGGCUCACAACUCCCAGAAUUCUAACUCCCGUCCAUCUCGUUGAAUCGCUGCCGUAACCUACUCCUUUACGGAAUCAUGCAGCGGCAGACGAGAGCUCGAGUCCCUAGAAGAAGCUCAAUACUGCACACAAAAAUCAUCUACAAAUCGACAGCAAAACAUUACAUAUCUCGAGAACCCACCAAAAUGACCUAUAUCCUCAUAUAUGGGCGCCCACUUCACCCCUCUAACAUUUCUAACAGAUGCGACGGGCCACAUUGGCGGAAACACCCUCGAUGAGCCAGUCGAAAACAAAACACCCCACAUGUCAUAACCGCCCUCGCCCGCACCGAAACCAUAGCCUCCAUGCUCUGCAAAAAGUAUCUGACCAUCCGCAUCAUCCUGAGAGACCUGUUCCCAAUAGUUGUUCUCGAGACCGAGUCGGGGAAGGCGGAUGCCAUAAUCUGCAUAGCGGACAUUUGUCCACAGGGCGGAGAACUGCUGCACACCAGCUGCUCGGCCAUCACGACUGACAAGCCAAAGGGAGCCUACUUCAACCCGCGUGCGUCAAAUGACAUUGCGUAUGUUAACGGUUCGACGCCAUUGUCCAACACCCAUUGUCGUCGUCCAGCUGACAAGAUAUAAUUCUUGAGGCAUUCGGGAAUAUUCGCACGGCAACUACUCGCCCACCCGGGGUUGUCGGCCUCGGCAGGGCAUCAAAAAGACCGGAAGGGGUACCGCGGCCCUGAGAGGCGGUUUCAACUCCCAAACAGUAACCCAUUCACAACAGCGACCUAAUGGAGCUGUAACUCCCCUCCUAUCCGAGGGCCUUAAGCCCGACGGCGGUGCCGCCCAGUGGAAGGGCGAGGACUUCUACUUUGCUAAAAGCAGCGAGGCUCUAGAGUUUAGGCCCGUCAGGAGGAGGAUCAGUCUCGCAGAGACGGAUGACGUUGGGCGGAUUUUUACUAUCUUAUGCGGGCGAACGCCAGAUGUGUUGCGAAGAGGACGGGGAGGCUAGGGUGGGAAUAUACGGAGAAUAGUUGUGACCAUGCCCUUGCGGAAGAGUUUGCGGCUUAGAUGGGGGGGGGGGUGUGAGCGGAUAGGAUAUCAAUAUAUAGAGGAGGGAGGAGUUGGGGUUUUUUCCAAGUGUUGUUUGACAAGCCCGACCAAUUGAGUGGCCUUGUAUGAUAAUACUAUGAUAUCUAUUGUUAAAAGUA